AUGCUGGACACAAUAACAGCAGUAAGCGACGAUAACUACCAUGCACAUAAUGAUGUCACCGUCGUGUCACGAAACACUCCCACGCACUUUAACUCACUCCAAGGGGGUAUAACUCAACUUCUUCUGAAACACGUUAUCUCCCUUCUUUGGAACCCUCCAGCCUCGUUCCUUUCUUGUUUUUUUUCCUUCUUUCUUCUCUCCCUUCCUUCUUUUCACUCUUCCCUUUUCUUUUAG